CUUGUAUGAAUAUUGGGAGCGCUUUAAAAAAUUAUGUGCUAGUUGCCCAUAUCAUGGAUAUUCAGAACAAGAUCUCAUCCUCUACUUCUAUGAUGGACUUGUUGAUCAAGAUAGACGCAUGGUGAAUGCGGCAUGCGGAGGGGGUAUUGUCAACAAAACCCCUUCUCAAGCAAGAGACCUCAUUUCGGAGUUGGCCGAAAACUCGAGACAUUACAACGGAAGGUCAUCAUCGAGACGAGUCAUGGCAGCGGAAUCCAACAAUUCGUUGGAAAGUCAAGUAGCCGGCUUGACUUCUUUGGUUAAAGAUUUCCUUUUAAAUCCAAAAACCCAAGAAGUCAAGGUCUGCGGCAUCUGUUCAACGCAAGGGCAUCCCACAGAUUCUUGCCCGACACUACAAGAAGAGAACUCCGAGCAAGUCAAUGCUUUGGGGUUCCAAGGUCAAAGGAGGUACGAUCCUCAAGGAAAUACUUACAACCCGGGAUGGAGGGAUCAUCCGAAUUUAAGGUACGGAAAUUCUCAAACAAAUCCUCCUCCUCAACAAUACAAACCACAAGGCCAA